GUGGUAUUUUAAAUAGUUAGUGGUAGAGUUUUCCGCAUAAGGAUAGUCCUAACAGUAUAUACAGUCAUUUCCUAACAGUAUAUUUAUAGCCAGUUAGAAAAUCCACAUGAACUCUAACAUCCUUACAUCAGAACUAGCCAAGAGGGCUUUAACAGUAUUAUACUUUAUUUAGAAGCAGUACUGUGGAGAGAGGAUUUGGAAAAUAACUAACUUGGUUUAAAUUGCAACCAAUUAAUAAUAAUAAAUAUAUGCAUUUAUUGUUAAUCAGAACAAGCUGGAUAGCAAAGAGCUAGAAAUACUCAACUAGGUGUCAGUUUUAACAUGACCCUCUUCUACAAGAUUUGAUGUCAUAGACCCAACAAAAAUGUGUUCUUUCUUUUUGUGCCAAACAGGUAAACAGGCAAAAGUAUCAAUGGGAGAAGAACACCAAACCUUUGUGUCCAAGUUUAUCUUCCUGGGCCUUUCACAGGACUUGUAGACCCAGAUCCUGCUAUUUAUCCUUUUCUUCAUCAUUCAUCUGCUGACUGUGCUUGGAAAUCUGCUCAUCAUCAUUCUCAUCUUCCUGGAUUCUCGCCUUCACACUCCCGUGUAUUUUUUUCUUAUAAAUCUCUCCUUUGCAGAUCUCUGUUUCUCUACUAGCAUUGUCCCUCAAGUGUUGGUUCACUUCCUGGUAAAGAGGAAAACCAUUUCUUUUUAUGGGUGUAUGACACAGAUAAUUGUCUUUCUUCUGGUUGGGUGUAGAAAGUGUGUGCUGCUGGCUGUGAUGUCCUAUGACCGGUAUGUGGCUGUCUGCAAGCCCUUGCGCUACUCCACCAUCAUGACCCAACGGGUGUGUCUCUGGCUGUCCUUCCGGUCCUGGGCCAGUGGGGCACUAGCGUCUUUAGUAGAUACCAGCUUUACUUUCCAUCUUCCCUACUGGGGACAGAAUAUAAUCAAUCACUACUUUUGCGAACCUCCCGUCCUCCUGAAGCUGGCUUCCGCAGACACUUACAACACAGCAAUGGCCAUCUUUUCAAUGAGCGUAGUAAUUCUCAUGGCCCCUGUCUCCCUGAUUCUUGUUUCUCAUUGGAAUAUUAUCUCCACUGUUAUCCAGAUGCAGUCUGGGGAAGGAAGGCUGAAGGCUUUUUCCACCGGUGGCUCCCAUCUUAUUGUUGUUGUCCUCUUCUAUAAGUCAGGAAUAUUCACCUACAUGCGACCAAACUCCAAGACUACAAAAGAAUGGGAUAAAAUGAUAUCUGUGUUCUAUACAGUGGUGACUCCAAUGUUGAACCCCAUAAUUUAUAGACUGAGGAACAAAGAUGUUAAAGGGGUUCUCAGGAAACUAGCUGAGAGAAAGUCCUUCUCUCAUAGGCAUAGACCUCUGAGUCUGACUUUUAGAGCUAUGGUAACAUCCUUUAAAAAGGAGCAAGAUUUUAGUAGGCAAUUAUGAAUUAGGUUAUUUCAGGAAGAAGUAUGAAAAUGAACAUGUUCUAAAAACUGUGAAUACUACAAUAUAAACAAGAACAUAGGAAAAAAAUAAAAGCAUGAAAAGUUAGGUCAUUUCCUGAUUGUAAAAGGUGUUGGGUGCUACUGUGAGGAGUUUGUAGUUAAUUCAGCGGCCAUGGGCAUGUUUUAAGCACAGUCACAAUUGAAUCUAGGAGGUUUCAACCAGAUUAUUCUGAAAUAACAGCUAAUACAAAUUCCAAGCAUAAGUCUAACAUCAAAGACAUCUCAAGUUUGUAUGUCUUCAGCAUACAAACCUUAGAAUAGGCUCUGAUUAAAACAAUUAA